AUGGCUAAUACUAGCCUUACUGAACGUCAAAACCAACUUAAAUGUCCUGCUAAGCUCUUUCCUUCUGAGUCUGCUGACUCCUCUGGUCAGCCUCUUAACUACUGUGAUCACUUGACUAGCCAAAUUAAGAAGCUUAAAAAUUCUAACAACCCUAAUGAAAAUAAGCUUAAUAAACUUCAAUAUGACUUAAGCAGCCACCAAAGUGAAGUGCACAACAAUACGUCCAAAAGGGACAGUGCGUUGAAGGACAUCCACUCCAGGAUGGUGUCUCUUGCUGAGCUCAGUGGGAAGCUUGGCCAAUUUAUUGGCCAAAGUGACGAAGUUACUACAGCAAUUAAUGAUGGUAUUGACGCAAUUAUUGACAGUGAUGAUGACUUCAAAAGCCUUAAAAACUCUCCGUCUUCGACUGCGCUGUCUCCCCCUGCCGUGUCUGCUGGGCUUAUAAAGUCCGAUGAGCUUGAGCAGAAAAUUAAGAGUUAUGAAGCUCUUAAAAAGCCUCUUGAAGAACGUCAAAAUGACAAAAUUUCUCCCCUCUCCUCUGAAGAUUCUCGGCUUUUAUCCUCUCAUCAGUCCAAGUUGCAGUCUCUUCAGAGGCUGAAGAGCCUUAAUGACUCCUUGAAUUCACUUAGUAAACAAAGUGAUGAUGCUUGUAAAAACCUUUUAAAUAACCUCUGCACAGGCCUCGAAAAAUUUCUCGGCUACGAGAAGGGGAAUUACACCGGAGAAGGAAUUGUGUACUCGGACCUUGACAGGCUCUGCGACGGGGUGAUGGCGUUCUUGCAUUCCGUGCUUCAAGAUGUCCACGAUAAACAGCCUUACAAAGUAGGAAAAGAUUACUUAAAUGAGAACGUUGUUAAGCUUGUUGAACGUUAUUUGUGCCAAGGUCAUGAUGGUUUUAAGAGAGUCAUUGUCAAUGUGGCCGCCGGUGUCGGGAGGUAUAAUAGGGAAGUGGAGCGUUCUAAUGAGAGCGUCAAGACAAUUAUAACUGGGAUGCAGGAGAAUAUGAAGAGUCUUCAAAACGAGGUGAGUGGAAUUUUAAAGGAUCAUUCUGAUGCAGGUGACGAUCAAGAUUUUUCCAAGGCGGUGAAGAAGGUGGACGACUCAUUAGCUGAGUGUCUCCGCCAUGCGGACACUUUCGAGAAUCAACUACACAACUCACAUAAUAACAUUUUAGACCUUAACCCUAAUAUACGUGAUAGAAUUCUCAAAGCUAAAAGUUGUAUUGUGCAUGAGCGUAGUAGGCUGAACAAGUUGUACACCAAAAAAUGGGAGGACUUGUUCAGCAUGGAAGCGAAAAUCGGUGAGGUGCUCGAACAUCUUAGAUCACAUGUGAAAGGAGAAAUUGAUGAUAAAAUCAACAAGUUGGUUGGUGAGUUGAAAAAAUUGGUUCAAGACAUUGUAGAAAAACUUAGGCAUAUUAAUAUUACGCUGAUGGAGUAUGUUAUGGAAUUGAACAAGUGGAUGCAUGAGACUAAAGGCUUUAUCGAUGGUGUAAUGCAGAAAGAGGUAAAUAGAAUUGUGAAAAAAGAAGUUGGCGAUGGUAAUAUCUUUGACAUUAACCAAAAGGCAAAGGAAUUAGGGGAAAAGGGUGAAGAAAUUUAUCAGCAUUUAAAGUGGGCAAAGGAGCGUGUGGAGAACUUUAAUAAGGACGCUCAGGCGAAAUUAAACCUUUUGAAUGAAGCGCUCAAAUUGGAUUUGAAUGAGGUGAAGAAUGCGAUAAACUCAGGGAUUAGAGAGUACAUUAAUGGCAAAUUGUUGAAUGAUAUCAAAAUCAAAGUUGGAAAUAUCAAGGGAAAUUCAAAUAGUGGACUGGUUCAGACGUUGGAAGAGAUAAAGAAGUGGGCUGAAACGUUCAAUGGGAAGCAGGUAAUCGGGGAGAAAGUCGACCAGUGGGUGAAAGGGAUUUUGGCGAAUAAUGCCGUGGUGAAAGGCACGUGGGAGAAGUACGUUCAGUAUGUGCAGCAGCAUCAGAGCACGUUUAAGGUUCAGGAAUAUGGUAACUUGGAUGGAAAUGGAGUACGUGAAGAGCUUAUUGGUGUAAUCGUAGACCAAAUUAAAGAAGCGUUCAACAAAGGUAGACUCAUCAUAAUAUACGAACCCUUCCAUGUCGACGAGAAUGAAGGCAUUGCAGAGACUGUUAAAAAGAUGAAGCAAGUCUGCGAUGGCUUUGCCAAGCAGCUUGAGGACAAACUUAAGGACCAAGGAGUGGCUUUAGACAUUGCCAGGGAGAUAGCGCAGAAGAUUGAGCAAGAAGUUACAUCCCCCUCUCCUACUCUUCCUCCCACCCCCAAAAAAUCGCCACUCACAAACGUCGUCUACUACACUCUAUACCAACUGCUUGGCGCUGCCAGGCAAAAUUCUGCCGAUUUUGAAUGGCUUAUUGGUAUCAACUCAAAGGACGCCAACAUCAAGAACGUGGACAAAGCGCUAGAAGUAGCCACCGGUCUCGACAGGGAUCUUAGAACGGCAACUGAGCCGGGAAUUCCAGGCAGCAUCGUCGAGCCGGGGAAGGCGUUUACUCUUACUGACAAGGUUGAUGGCCGGAUACUUGGAAUACUGGAGGAGAAGUUGCCUGGUGUUGGUGGUACUUCAGGUAGUCAAGUUGACCUAGAAGCAUCAAAGUUGUUUGCGGGCUACGUUGGCGGUGGUCCCGGAAAGCCAGGGAAGAAAAGGCUACUCGAGGAGGCCAUCGAUGAAAUUAAGAAUGACGUGACGGAAGCAUUUAAUACUUAUGUUAAGGAUAAAUACGUUAAGAGCAAAGAAGCCCUUGAGAAAGAUCCGGAGAAUAAAGGUGAGCUUCACGAUUUAUACACACAAAUCACGGCCAAGCUUUACAAACUGAUAGAUGAAUUUGCAGAGACCGGUAUAGGCGUAAAGCAGACAAUGGAGCUUUUGAAGAGUGGUAAAAUUAACACCGAUUUCAAUCGAAUCAAGAACGACAUUAAAAAUCUGCGUAAGGUCAAAUUGGUUGGUGCUAUACAAGAUACAGAACAUGUUCUAAAGUAUGCCGAAACCUUACGUGUACAAACAAUCUCCGACCUUAAAAACUACGUUGACUCCAAAGUAAAGGACGCUAAAAAGGCUCUCACCCAGCACGCCCGCAAAGAUUACGUCUCAACCAUCCAGUUGAUGCUCAAGCAAUUUGCAGACAAAGUGAGGAGCGAAUUGUAUGAGCUCCCCGAGGCAAUAGAAAAUGACAAGCUCAUCGGAUUCAAAGGCUUCAUGAAAGCAUUCCAGGGUUUCGAAAAUGGAGAAGAAAAUAUUAAAAGGCUUCAAGACGUUAAAGAGGAAAAUGAUGUCAAAUACAUAUCGUCCGGCUUCCUUGGUUUCUUCGCUGCACUCAAUCAUUAUCUCGGCAAAGAGAUCAAAAGGUCCCAUGAACAGAAUAAUCUCCAGAAAAAUCCAAAUCCGUUGGACCCUGAAACUGUCUACACCACUCGGCUUACCAAUGCAUUCACUGCACUCAGCAACCUACUUCAGCACAUCACUAAGACAAAUAAAUACGACCACAGUCUUCCUGGUCUGCUUGAUAAGCUGUCCGAAGCUGUGAACAAGUUAAUUCCAAAGGACUUCGAAAAUCCUAACACGCCAAUAUUAGAUGCUAUUAGAAGCGGUUUUGCCAAAUUCGUCGACGAGCUCAGAAAAGUUUAUAUCAGUAAGUACGACGGCGCUGAUGCAAUCGAUGUCUGGGUGGAGCCUGAUACAACCAAAAAGCCUUUGGCAGACGAUUCCUCCGUUGAUAAUACGAUUCUGACCGAUGACGGGAGGAACGGCGCGAAGGUGUUUUGCACAAUCAUUAAGAUUAUUUGCGAUGAUUUAACUGAGCUGCAUAAGCAGUGUAGCACGGGUGCUGCGUGGUGGGGACGCACAAUAUACGAAUCGAAUGGCGCAAAAGGGAAUCCCCUGGGAGACUUUUUGCGGUCCCGAGGCUACAGGGUUCCCACCAGCAAAACAAACCAGGACGGUGAAUUGCAACGUUCUCCCAAAAUGAAUGGGAGGCAUAUACAUCACCACCUUAAUGUGUACAUUCCAGAUGCCUACUAUAAUCAGCAUCUCAAAGAGUGUAAACCAAACGACAGACGUACGCACUUCAAUGUUGUAGACAUUAUUAGGUGUAUGUUCACUCACGUAAAUGAAUUUUACGACGUUUGUCACCUGCCCGCUCCAUCCUCUAAGAAGCAUCCUACUUCCAUCUAUGACAUGCUCACUUGGUUGUGUGGCCUGACGUACAAUCCGGUGUAUGACGCAAUAAAAUUAGACGGUUUCGCUCAGCUAUUUGAUAAGCCUGAGAAACCGGCGUCCGAGGACAGCGACAGUACUGAGCCUGUCCUCCUAGUGGAAGAUGACGCUUCCUUGCCAGCAUAUCCGGAAACCAUCACAGCAAUGGGACUAUCGGACACCCUGUCAGCAGUAUGCCACCAUGCAUAUGAAACGCUCACUGCAAUCCUUGGUCACGGUCACUCAGGCGGAAUAUAUGCGUGUGAAUUUAAUAUUAACGCGCAGGGCUUCGUAUAUCCCGCUGACUUCAACACUUUAAUCUGUAUGAUAUUUAACAUCCUAAAACUUUUACACCAACAAUUAUAUUUCUUAUACACGCAGUGUUGUUACAGCACCAAGCUUGGCGGCUGGCUUGAUUGCCAUUACGGCAGGCACGUAGGUGGGUCGAAUUGGAACUGCAACGAUUUCCAGUGCCCUAAGCAAGACUGUGACCAAAAGCACAACCAAACGUGUAACCAAACAGCUGACCAAAAGGCCAUCCAAACACCUGACCAACAUUACGAUUGCGGUGUUAAAUCACCGCUACAAUCGUUCCUUGAGGACGGCCUUGUCGGCUUCUUGCCGCAUCCUGUGACAUCAACCAGAGGCAAACUUGAGUGCCCAGUGAAAAGUCACUUCAGCAUCCCCUGCAAAGCGCCCAUGGGCUUUACUGAUAUUAGCCAAAUAGCGUCUCAUGUGAAAAACGGCCAGUAUCUAAAACGCGCACUUUCCGAAUAUUGUGGCACUGCAUCAUCUCCACUCACUAAGCUGUGCAGUCAGCUCAAUUGCCUCCUGCCUACCGCUCCUAAAUCACUUGGCGAUAUGUUCGCGUUCUACUUUAGUUUCCUGAAUGACUGGUGCGGUAAGAAUCCAGAACUCAUGAAGCACAGGGAGAUUGCGUAUAACUUAGCCGUGAAAGAAGCUAAUUUCAAUAGUUCACUUACAGGCUUGAUGGACUGCUCAGAGCUGUUUAAAUCUACAGUCCAUGCAUCGUAUGCCCCCAAAACCGGGGCAUCAAAUUACACUGCGUAUCAUCAUAAGGGUGACCUUUAUAGUAUAUACAGCCCUGCCGAUACGUGUUACACAGCCAACACAAAAUGCGGUGCCUAUGCAUCCCCCUUGUCUAUGGACAUAUAUUCGUCAUUUUCAUCCAAACAUAAGGCAUUGUACAUGUCAUGGAUGGUUUACGUUACUGAAGCAUUGUUCAAUCUAUUUUGCGGGCUGAAUAAGGAGUGCAAUGGUAACUGUGGCUCACAGACAUCUAAAUGCCGCAUUACGGGUUGCGUAAAAGGCAUAUGCAAGGUUGCUGAUUCUGGAGUACUUGCUAAAAAUCAGAUGGCCAUUUAUGCUAACGUUGUUAGCCCUCUGGUCGCUGUCGCUCCUGUACCUGCUGCACAUCGCCGUCGUCCGCCUCGACGUCCUGAGGAUACGCUCACACCUGAGGUCACCUUCCAGCCACCGCAUCGCCGCGCAGUCGCUCCUCGCCGCCGCACGCGUCAAGGCACUCAACAACGUCAAGUACUUCUCACCAUGAUCGUGCCUUCACCCACCCACCCAACCACUCACUCACCCACCCACUCACCUAAUCACCCACUCACUCACCCACUCACCCACCAACUCACCCACUCAACCACUCACCCACUCACCCACUCACUCACCCACUCACCCACUCACCCACUCAACCACUCACCCACUCACUCACUCAUCCACUCACACACUCAACCACUCAACCACCCACUCAACCACUCACCCACUCACUCACCCACUCACCCACUCACCCACUCAACCACUCACCUACUCACCACUCAACCACUCAACCACUCAACCACUCACUCAACCACUCAACCACCCACUCAACCACUCAACCACUCACCCACUCACCCACUCACCCACUCACUCACUCAACCACUCACCCACUCACCCACUCACUCAACCACUCACCCACUCACUCAGCCACUCACCCACUCACUCAGCCACCCACCCACUCACUCACCCACUCACCUAAUCACCCACUCACCCACUCACCCACUCACUCAACCACUCACUCAACCACCCACCCACUCACCACCUCCUUCACUGGUCGCUUCGCUCCCUCCCUCACCCCCUUCAUCACCUCCUCCGUCGGCGUCCCUCACCCAAAAUCCUCAUUUUCCACCUUCCCCCUCCACCUCCGAAAUCGCCUUACCUCAACCCAUCUUCCCCCUUCAUCGCCCUCUUUCGCCCCUUCACUUCCAUCACCCUGUCCACCCACCUCCCUCACUGCCUCCGUCACCUAAAAUCGCCUUUCUCCAAACUCCCCCAAAUCGCCCUCAAAAUAAUCCAUUUCAUCCCCUUUUUACUCCUUUUAACUCUCCCUUAAUCCACCUUCAAUCCAACUAUAAUAACCAUUAUAAUGAAGUUCAUUAUCUUACUGAGGAUGCCAGAAACGGAGCCUUGGAUGAUAUUGAUGCCCGCCGUAUAUCUCUUGGUACGCUUGCUGGACAGCUUUCGGGAUUUAUUGGUGGGAGUGAGGAAGUUAAAAAUGCAAUUGUAAAGGGUUUGCACAGUAAUGUAAAUGAGCUUGUUAGGCUUUUAAAAGCAUCUUGCGGAGAUAAGGGGUGUUGUAAUGAAGCUGUGAAGUUCAGUGAUAAACUUCUCAAAAAUCUUCAAAAUAAAUUUAAUGAAGUUGAUAAAAUUGAAACAAAAAUUGAUGGCCUUAAUAAAGAAAUUGCUGAAAAAAGGAAGGCGCCCGUAGGGGCGCCGUUAGGCAGUGUGUCUGAGAUUCAGAGGCUUACAAAGGAAAUUAAGCAGCAUAAAGAUACAAUUUUCUCACAAAGUUCUCCGCUUAAAGAUCAAAUUACAAGUGUAAUUGAAGCUGUUCAAAGUAAAAUUACUGCACUUGACUCUAAGAAAAAGAAAGUUGUUGACGCUCAACGUCAAGUGAAUGACCUUAAAAAGGAAAUUGAUGCUAAGCAAAAUAAUGAUGUACAACUUGAAGACCUUAAAAAUAAGCUUAAUGAACUUGAAAAGAAGCUUAAUGAAGCAAAAAAUAAUUUCCCUGAAAAAGAGUCUAAAUCUCUUGACGCUCAUCAGAAGUCUAUGAGUUCUCUCAGAAGUCUACAAACGCUUUGUCAACAUUGUAAGGAUGUUAAAAAUAAUGAAAGUAAAACUCCAAAAAAUAUUCUAGAGAGUCUUUGUGGAGGCCUCGAAAAAUUUCUCGGCUACCAGGAUGGUAAUUACACCGGAGAGGGAAUUGUGUACUCGGACCUUGACAGGCUCUGCGACGGGGUGAUGGCGUUCCUUCAUGGUGUUCUUGAGACUGUGAAGGAUGAUGAGAGCGUUACAACUUAUGAUAAAGAUCGUGAUAAAAAUAUUACAAACACAAUUAAGGAAUUAAAUGAUAGUGUAGGUCAAGGCCGUAAGGCCUUCCCGGAGGCCGUGCAUCAGGUAAGUGAGUGGUUGAAAAAACAUGGUGCGCAGGUGGACCAAAAAAUCAAGAAUGUUAGGGAUCCUUUAAAUAAUCUUUUGACAGGCCCAGAUGACAAUGGUUUCAAGAAAAUUCCGCAGUUGAUUCAAGACAUUCAAGGGAUGCAAGGACAAGAAUAUGAUGAAGUCUCCGGCACUGGUGGUAAGUUACAUAAAUGGGUUAAUGAUGUUUCAGGUCUGCCGAAGAAGACGGAAGAGGCACUUAAAGCACUUAAAUCACUUGAUAACAAACUUAGAAAUAAUUUAGAUCCUCACGUUAGCUUACUGCAUAAUGCUGUUGAGACGUUCCGUGUGAAUACGGUGGAAGACCAUAAAGGUCUUACGUCAAUAACUGGCGAUGUGAAAAAGCAUAUUGAGACUCUUCAGACUCAGGUGCUCCAGGUUGCGACAAGUGAGGAACGAACGUGUCGAGAGGCGUUGCAGGGGGAGUUUUUGGAAAAAGUUCAGGGGCCUAUAAACGAGGUAAAAAGGGAUUUGGAAGGGGUCGAUGAUGCAUUGGAUUUGUGGAUUAACGAGGCAGAAAAAGUCGUGAAGGCGGUUAUAAAGAAAGCGGAGAAGGUUUGGGAAGCGCUAAAACCGGAAGGUAGCGAUGAUGUGCACAUAAUUGCUUUGAAUAUAAAAAAAUUAGAGGAAUCAAAAGCAGAAAUUGACACCGUUAAAGGUAAAAUCAGCACUGAAAUUGGUAUGUUGGAUACUUGGAGAACUGCAUCCCAAGGAGCGGUUGGUGCAGCGAUGUUGAAAUGUAAUGAUAUAAUGGAUAAAGUUAAUGGUGAAAAGGAUAUGUCGAUUCGUAAGUCUGCAGGCAAUAUCAAGGAGAAGGCGCAGAAACUUUUGGAUGCAUACGAUCAAGCGAGACGUGGCCUUAAAGCCUUGGUAUCAUCAUCCAAGCAAAAAGUAACCCACCUUGAAACUAACCUUAAAACAAAUUUAAAAACUCUGAAAGAUGCAAUAAGUAGAGGAGUGGAAGACUAUAUUAGGAGGCUUGGUGAUGGUAUUUUGAGCGGCAUCGAUAAUGCUGGCAGGAAUACUUAUGGUACCCAAGGUGUUACCGGUUUAUAUUUGCAACUGGAUAAAGAAACGGAGCUCUAUAAGUUACUUCAGGAGGCUGGGAAUAAGAAAACCGGACUGGCGGUGAGACUAGAUGCAGCUCUCAAGACGCUCUACAGUAUGCAUGGUACUCUGAAACAUUACUCCGCUGAGUUUUCAAGGACCAUUAAUAAAGACAUAAAAAGCGCAUUCGAAAAGAAAUUGCCAGAUCAGAGUGAUUCAGACGGUCAGCCAACUAGAGUGGAACUUACCCAUCUAUCAAAUUACCAACAGGACAAAUUGGCUAUUGAACAAGAAUUCCAAAAAGUAGGUGACGACACGUUGGCGCAUUUCAGUACUUCCAUCACCCAAUCACAUCACAAAGAGCUAGAGGCACUCCAAGACUCAUUCAGAGAUAUAACUGGUGGUCUUACAGCUAUAAGCAAACUGCUUGCUAACCCUAAUGGCAUGGCUCCGGAUAAAGACGAUGGAGUUAAGGACUACCUGAGGGAUUUAACGAAUAUGAUUAACAGGCGUGACGGCGACUUAAAACUCACUGCAAAAAAUCUACAAAAUACUACUGUCCGAGGAUUAACUAACAUACACAGUGAACUUACAAAGUUUAAUAACCAGGUCCCCAACCACACAUACAAAAUCAAAUCAGCCAACGAAGCAAUUAAAUUGGAACUCAUUGCCCUUCAAGGUGUGCUGCAAGGCAGUUCAGGCAGCGAUGUCAUAAAAUCACUAGAAGAUUUGCUAAAUACGGGAAUUUAUGGCACUGGUGACUGGAAGAAAGGUGAAGAUAUCAAGGCCCUCCAAAAGAUCCAGACCACUCUCUCAGGUAUUAUUGGCGAUUACAGGAAGCAGGAAAAUACCUUGAUUAAGAUCACAGAAGACGCUAACAUGUUCUACACCAAAACGAUUGAAACAAAGGUCUCAGCCUGCGUAAAACAGAUCACCAACAAACUCAAAGAGCUGGUGCCUAAGAAAAUCGCCGCCAUCCGAAACUCCGCCCUCGCAAAUUUCGCCAAGUCCAAAGAGGCAGAGCUGGAAAACUUGAAAAGACGAGUUACUGAGAAGAACGAAGCUAUCAGAAAACUAAUCGAUACAGAUAGACGAAAUGGCGUCAAGGGCUUAAUAGAAAAAUUGUGCGGCGGCGCACUUCAAAAUACCGAUGACAAUUUGCUGCUCCGCCUUAAAAGCGCCGUGACUGCAGGAACGAUUGUAACUCUGAGGGUUACGAAAACGCAGCAUGAAGCUACACGUUUAUCCGAUACGUCUGAAGCAUUCAACAAUUAUCUUACACCAAUCUUUAAGUAUGUUGAGGAGCAAGCAAAGACUGUGCUUCCUCCAGAGCGUCCGUUGAUGCCUCCACCUAAAAAGGGGAAUGCCCAAUCAAGUCAAAUCGCCGGACUGCAAUCCACUAUCGAUUCACUGCUGCAAUUUCUAAAGAACUCUAACCGUUUCGAUUUUAGGUUCCAAAAUAAUCUUGACACCGUUAAGGAUGCACUGUCCCGUUUGAUUUCUCCAACAUUCUCGGGAUAUCAGAAUGCUAUAUUGCUUGACACUGUUAAAAACGGCGUAACAUCCUUACUCGGUGAAUUAGAUAAGGUAUAUAUGAAUACUUAUGAUGGCGCAUUGUCCGUUGACUGGACUCAUGAUAUUGUAAAUUCAGAGCGGUGCGCAAAGGUCUUUUCCAGUAUUCUGUCCACGCUUCGCGAAGAAUUGGAGAUGUUGAUAGAUGAAUGUAGCGCUGACUGGAAAACACAUACACUGUGUGAAACGAACGGAGAUAAAGAUAAUCCACUCGGCCAAUUCCUCAAGCGCUCUGGCUACACGGUCGCAAAAAAACAAGACUCCAAGGAGGGCGAGUUGAAAUUACCUAUAAACGAUUUCACGGGUAAGAAGAUCCAUGACAAUCUCAAGGCGCCCACAUCUGAUGGCUAUACACUCCUAGGCACUCUCGAAUCUCUUAUCAACAAUCUCAACUGGUACUAUCAAGUUGGCCACCAUAAGCAUAUUCCGUCACCUAGAACUCCUUGCAACAUUUACGAGAUGCUCACAUGGUGCUGCGGCCUGCAGUACAACAGUGUCUACAGUAAUCUAGUAAAAUAUUGUGAUGAGUAUGACACCAACGAUACUGAUAAAACACCAGAUCACGAUUUUAAAAAACGGUUGUCAGACGCCGUUGAUUAUAGCUUAAGUGAUCUGUGUACAUAUUCACGUAAAAUCCUCACCACUAUCGUCGGUCACGGUAACUCCCACACCAUGUACGCUUGUGAGUACUCUAACAAUGCACUCAAUCUUAAAUAUCCUGCAUCAGGCGAAGAUUGUUUGCGUACAUUGCUCGACAUCCUUCGCAGGAUGUUACCAACGCUGCGAUAUCUGAGAAGUCAAUGCAAACGUGGUACUGAACAUCACGGUUGGUCCAACUGCCAGUAUGGCGGAGAUAUCUCGCCGGUGAAUCAGCCAUGUAUAGCGCAUCCUACCGACAAACCAAAUGGUCAACCUAAGUGCCAACCAAAUUGUCAGUCAACUUCUAAAGCAAAUUGCCAAUCAACUUGCCAACCAACGUCUCCACUAAUGUCAUACUUAAAUGACUGCCUUCCCGGUCACUUACCUCACCAGCUAUCCUCCAUCGGUUGUAGAGCUACAUGUACAACGUGUCCCAAAUCUCCGCCCGGAACGCCCUGUCUCACGCCACUCGGAUUCCGACGUUUCUCUGGAAGUACAAGGACAGGUAAUGUGCUGUGCAGAGUGCUAACCAAAUUCUUCAGCAGUGCCAACCUUUCACCGUUAUUCUGCAUAGCCCCCAAGCCACCAUCCACGCUACCAGAGCACUUAUCCUUUACGUUGACGUUGGUUAAUGGUUGGCGUAACAUAGCCACGGACCCCUAUGAACCACGCAUUCAUGCAUCCAUAAAGGACACAUCUAUUCAGUUAUACGCUGAACCAACCGUGCUUACCAAUGCCAUCAUUCAUGCUUAUGGAUCUGGGUCUGCUGAACAUACUGAUUGCACGCAUCCUCAUCUUACGCACCUUACUACCAUUGGUUUCUGCAACACCAAAGGUAACAGAAUUGAGCGCGCCCCGUACCUUCAAUCGCUAUGCCGUGAUGCAUAUCACGACCUCGUUAAGAAACAUGCCAACCUAUAUUUGUCAUGGGCUAUCUAUCUUCCGUGGACAUUUUGGGACUUACUUAACCAUCUAUAUAAUACCUUCUGCUCUAUCGUUUGUGAAGACUACGGAUGCCGUAGUUGUCUCCGCGGUGGCAUAUGUAAACGCGGGCAACACGGGCUCGUUGUCAGCGAAGAAGGAAAACCUGAUAAGCCUCACUGCUUAUGUUCCUCUCUAGUCCAAUGUAAGGGAGUACCCCCAACACUGUACCAGUAUGGACUAAGUUUCGGUGCAGUGUCUAGGUUAGAUAACAUUGCAUCUCCAAAGAAAUGCUCCGAUUUCUGUAGUCAGUUGAAGCAAGUGCUAAAAUCAGAAUACUUCAAAACAUUAUUCGAGAAAUGUGACGAAUUCCUAUGGAUUAUUCGUACACCCUUCUCCUACCUCUUAUUAGCCCUCUGGUCUCUCUCGCUCCUCUACCUGCUGCACAUCGCCGUCGUCCGCCUCGACGUCCUGAGGAUACGCUCCCACCUGAGAUCACCCUCAAGCCACCGCAUCGCCGCGCAGUCGCUACUCGCCGCCGCACGCGUCAAGGCACUCGCCAACGUCAAGUACUUCUCACCAUAA